AUGUCUUUUUUCAUCCUUUAUCAAAGUAUCCGGGACCAAAACUUGCUCAAUUCUCGGAGAUUUGGUCGGUUUAUCAUUUGUGAGCUUCUCAUAUCUGGAAGGAGCCCCAGAUUCCUGCUUCAAUGGUACAAGCUGACAGAAGUAGGUGUGCUGGGAGAUGGCCUUGGGCAAUCGAAACAGCACUGGAACAGUACGAACCACAAGCCCUGCAUGGUAAGUCAAUCAGCCUCGAGUGCUGUCACUGCGAUAAUAAUGUUGUGUGGUCUUGCUCUUAAUUGGUUGAAAAAAUUCCACGUAGACAUUCAUGGCCACAAACGAGACUUGAAGGAUACCUUCAUAAAGACUCCUUUGGUCGAUGGCCUUGGUGACGAGGAUGAUGGCUUGUUAUGGGAAAGGGACCCCGAGAAACACCGCCGGGUGUCAAAGGCAAUGUCCCCAGCUUUCAGUGGGAACUCAUUGAGAUCGAAAUUGCCGACGAUGAACAAACAUAUUGACCUCAUGGUAAAAAUGAUCGGACAACAUGGGGUAGUAGAUAUAAGCAGCUGGCUUGAGUGGCUGUGCAUGGAUACAGCUGCAGACCUCGCAUGGGGUUGGGAAAUGCAUCAAGUUAGGGAUAUGAAAUCCCACGGAUUCUUGGAAGCGAUGGAAGCAGGCAAUUUCUUGGUGGUCAUUUUAGCCGCCGCCAAAACGUAUCCCUUCCUCUAUCCACUUGCCCUUAUGUUUGCACCGUGGAAGGUCAUGCGUUCGCUGCCGAGGAUGAUCAGCGAGGCCAAGGUGCAAGUGGUUCACCGGAUCAAAAGGCGCUACGAUCUCAAACACUCUGAUUACUUCGAACAGCUCCUCCCAGCUGACAGGCCCUCUCCGACCAAUGAUAAGCAAAUCAGCCACAUGCUAACAGUGGCUGGGCAAUUAAUUCUGGGUGGUUAUGAUCCUACCUCGGUGGCUAUAUAUAUGGGUUUCUACUUCCUGCUCAGAAACCCAACUGCUCUCAAACAGGUGCGCCAGGAGGUGCGAGAGAACUUUCAGCAGUACGAAGAUAUUGAGGCCGAGGCGCUCAGGGCUUUGCCUUUUUUGAACGCCUGUUUGCAAGAAACUUUGCGCCUCAGCGCUGCGGCAACACAUCAUUCCCUUCCUCGUAUUAGUCCGGGGGCUAUGGUCAACAAGGAGUAUAUCUCGAAAGGCGUCAUUUGCCGUAACUCGCUUUUUGCGUACGGCCGCAGUGUUCGCUUCUUCCACAACUCAAAAGACUUCAGACUAGAGCGAUGGCUGCCGGAAAGCCAUCCAAGCUACGACCCAAAGUUCUCCACAGACCAGCGCGACGCCCAUUACCCUUUUAUAAUGGGCCCUCGGCAGUGUCCUGGUCGUGAGGUUGCGAGACAUAUGUUCCGCUUGGUGAUUGCGAAAGUGCUUUGGUCAUAUGAUGUCGAACAAUUGUCCAAGCCACUGGACUUCGACCGCGAUUUUCGGGUCUAUUCGAUGUGGGUCAAGCCGGAGCUUCGUAUUUGCUUCACUCCAGCAAAGGGUCAAGGGGCUAUGUGA